CAAGAGAAGUUUGGAAAACUUUCCCCGGCUCUGGAUGCGGGACUUCGCUUCGCGCGGGGCGCUGCCGAGGCUUCGGAGAGGCGCGCACGCUCGUUUAUUUUGAUUCGGUGCGCUUGUUUUUGUUUACACGCCGCCGGCGCUUCACUUUCGCCCGGAAGGAUCGGGGAAGGCCGAGUCAAAAGCGUCGGGGACCCAGCCAGCCAGCCCAGCCCAGCCUAGCCAGCCAGCGCGCUGCCUCCGUCCUCGUUCUUUGGUCUGCUAUUUUAUUUUUUCUGCGAUAAUUUUUUUUUCACCCCCGUCUUUGGGGGCAGCGCGAGCAGAUUAGAUAUUUCGGACCUGUCGGGGUUUCUAUCUACCCGCCUCCCUUCCUCCCUCCAUCAUUUUAACCAGGCCACAUUCGCCCUCCUCCUGCCCUUUUACGACGGGGGGAGGGAGGGAGGAGGAGAGCGAGCGAGCGAGCCAGGAGCAGCCGAGAUUGGAGCUUCCCGGCCGUUUUGCCCAAGAUAUAAAUAUGAACCAAGCGGGCACAGCUCGGGCCUGUUAACCAAGAGGCGAGGAGCCGGCCUUCGGUGAAGGAGUCUGGAAACGCUCGGGGGUCUCCGGAGCAGGGCGCCUCGUUGGCAGAGGGGCCGCCUUUCCUGCCGGCUCCUUCUCUACGACCUGACUUUUUGGGCGGGGGCGGCGGGAGGCCUCCUCGCCCUCCCGGAGCUGGGACAGCCAUGCAGGCUCGUUACUCCGUCUCAGACCCCAACGCUCUGGGAGUGGUACCCUAUCUGAGCGAGCAGAAUUACUACCGGACGGCGGGCACCUAUGGAGGCAUGGCCAGCUCGCUGGGGGUCUACGCCAGCCACCCAGAGCAGUACGCGGCCGGCCUGGGACGCUCGUACGGGCCCUACCCGGGCCACCAGCCGGUCCAGGCCCCGAAAGAUCUUGUUAAGCCGCCUUAUAGCUACAUCGCGCUGAUCACCAUGGCCAUCCAGAACGCGCCGGAGAAGAAGAUCACGCUCAACGGCAUCUACCAGUUCAUCAUGGAGCGCUUCCCCUUCUACCGGGAGAACAAGCAGGGCUGGCAGAACUCCAUCCGCCACAACCUCUCGCUCAACGAGUGCUUCGUCAAGGUGCCCCGCGACGACAAGAAACCGGGCAAAGGCAGCUACUGGACGCUGGACCCCGAUUCCUACAACAUGUUCGAGAACGGUUCGUUCUUGCGCCGCCGGAGGCGCUUCAAGAAGAAAGACGUCUCCAAGGAGAAGGAGGAGACCCCGCGGGAGAAGCACCAUAAGGAGCCGGUCAAGGCUCCUUCCGAGCUGGCUAAGGAGCUGACCCCGGCGUCGGCGCCCGUCCCGGCUUCGUCGGACAAGAAAGUGGUCAUUAAGAGCGAGGCCUCUUCGCCCGAGCUGCCCGUCAUCACCAAAGUGGAGACGCUCAGUCCGGAGAGCGGCAGCGCCCUGCAGGACAGCCCGCGCAGCGUGGCUUCCACGCCGUCGCUUUCCACCGAAGGCUCUUUGCCCGGCGAGCCUCACCAACCCCACCCUCACCCGCACCACCACCCGGCCGCCGGCGCUUCACUUUCGCCCGGAAGGAUCGGGGAAGGCCGAGUCAAAAGCGUCGGGGACCCAGCCAGCCCAGCCCAGCCAGCCAGCGCGCUGCCUCCGUCCUCGUUCUUUGGUCUGCUAUUUUAUUUUUUCUGCGAGAAUUUUUUUUUCACCCCCGUCUUUGGGGGCAGCGCGAGCAGAUUAGAUAUUUCGGACCUGUCGGGGUUUCUAUCUACCCGCCUCCCUUCCUCCCUCCAUCAUUUUAACCAGGCCACAUUCGCCCUCCUCCUGCCCUUUUACGACGGGGGGAGGGAGGGAGGAGGAGAGCGAGCGAGCGAGCCAGGAGCAGCCGAGAUUGGAGCUUCCCGACCGUUUUGCCCAAGAUAUAAAUAUGAACCAAGCGGGCACAGCUCAGGCCUGUUAACCAAGAGGCGAGGAGCCGGCCUUCAGUGA